AAAGAAACCCUCAUUUCACAAGAUGCUCCAUAUUAUGUAUAAUUUAGUGAUUUCUUGCAGGGUUCUUUGCUAAUAUUCAGAUGGUUCUGAAGACAAACUCAAAACCAGCUGUAGCGAUGUCUCAGCUGUCAGCCGAAGAUGAGGUGGAGUUGCAGUCCCUGCUCAGACAGCUUCUGAGAAGCAUCAACGACAGGAUCUCUGGCGCUCCGUCGACUGAAUGUGCUGAAGAGAUCCUUCUUCACCUGGAGGAGACUGACAAGAAUUUUCACAACUAUGAGAUUGUCAAGUACCUCCGUCAGUACGUGGAAAGCUAUCUGGGGACCGUGGUGGAGGAGGAAACAAGGAACUUGACCAGAGGAGAUGGACAACAUGCAACUGGCUCAGGUCACGACUCCCUGAUCCAUGCCAUCACCCGAAGGACCAGAGAGUCAGCUGAGUACCAGCAGAUGAUGCAGAUGUUGAAAAACACCAUGAUCAUGGUUGUGGACUCUUUAAUCAACAAAUUUGAGGAGGACCAGAUGAGGAAGGAGGAGAUGCACAGAGAGAAGCAGCAUAGUCAGUCAAACAGCCAGUACACUGACAACUGCUCUGAUAGCGACUCCUCCUUUAACCAGAGUUAUGCAUUCAUUCGACAAGAGCAGCUACAAGUCUUGGCUGACAACCUUGACUCCAGCAGACCCAAAGAGGUACGUUGGGAGGCUCUUCAGGCCCUCUGCUGUGCCCCUCAGUCUGACGUGCUGAGCUGCGAGAGCUGGAGCAGCCUGCGCAGGAAGCUCUGUGCCGCUCUGGCUGAGCCAGACCCAGACCUCAGUAAUAAUGUACUGCAGUUCUUUGCUAAAAGCUUCUCCUCCUCUCCUAUGAAUGUGACACGAGAGAUCUACACCAGCUUAGCUAAAAGUGUGGAGUCAAGUUUUCUGUCUCAAAAGCUGAGCUUCCCAACGGGCUCAGCUACCAUCGACAUUAACAGACCUGAGAUCAUUCGUCUUCUCAAACAGAUUCGAUUGAUGAAUGACUUUCAAAAGGAGGUGACAACCUUUUGGAUCCGACAUCCGGAGAAGUAUAUGGAGGAAGUUAUAGAGAGCACCUUUUCCCUGUUGUCCUUCCAGCAUGAACAGGGUUUAACCUCUCCCGGGACAGAAAAAUCCCUGGAACCGAUUCACUUACUGGCCUUACUGGAUAUUAAAGCUACCUGGUUUAAAAAGUGGAUGCAUGGCUACUACAGUAGGACUGUGGUUCUAAGACUCCUGCAGAGAAAAUACAAGUUUCUGAUUGUUGCAGCCCUUCAGCAGUGCAUCCAUUACAGUGAAUCCUGUGAACGCUUCACAAAUGAGACAACUGAUCUCCAGUCAGCAGAGCAGCAGAACACUGACCGGAGGAGUGUUUACUCGGGAAAGGAGCUUGAGUAUGCCUUCUUUGUCCACUCUCUGUGUGUCCUGGGAAAACUCCUCAUCUACACCAAUGGAAGAAAGCUCUUUCCCAUCAAAGUGAGGGAGCGCAAAGAUCCAAUCAGCCUGACAGAUCUGGUUGUCAUCCUGAUUUGCGUCAUGCACCAACACCCCAAGCCUCCGCACAGUGAUACCUUAAACACAGAGACUCUGUCGCCCAGCAGUCUGGUGAUGGAGCUGCUGUGGAUGCUGUGUGAGAGGACAGAGUGUGCUGCAGAGUGUCUCUACCAGACUGCUGUCAUAGAGACGCUGCUGGCUCCUGUUAUAGCUCUGCUCAAUGGACAGCAGGCCAAAUUAAAGUCUCCUGCAGCAACACUAACUCUCAUCGCUGACAUUCUGGCUCGCAUCGCAAACACUGACAGAGGAUUAGCUCUCUUCUUGUACGAGAAGAAUCUCCUUGUGGCCCACAGUGAGCGAACCUUUGCUGCUCUUGUCAUUGUACAGUUUACCCUGAGGCUGCUGGAUAAGGAGCUGUCAUCACUAAGUGAAUCUGACACAUCCCAUACAUUAUGUGGAGCUUUUAUCUUUGUCUGUAGGCAGAUGUACAACACCUGUGAGGGAUUGCAGGUCCUCCGACCCUAUGGCCUGCACAAGGCUAUAGCUGCUGCGUGGAAAAAGACCAGUUCUUCGUCAGAAAGGGUAGCUACCCCGAUACCCGGGGCCACCGCUGGAGCAUCCACCCAGGAACUGCAGAACAUGCUUAUCUGGGAGGAAACGCUGUUGGACAGUCUACUGAACUUUGCUGCAACUCCUAAAGGCCUACUCCUGCUCCAGCAAACAGGGGCCAUUAAUGAAUGUGUCUCCUACAUGUUCUCUCGCUUUACUAAAAAACUACAGGUGAGCCGCUGUGAGAAGUUUGGAUAUGGGGUGAUGGUGACACAGGUGGCAGCAACUGCUCCAGGGGUGGUGGCUUUGCACUGUUCAGGUUUUGUCCGGGCAUUGGUGAUUGAGCUUUGGUCAACUCUGGAAUGUGGAAGUGAAGAUGUGAGGGUGGUCCGUCCCAAACCAACACCCAUGGACCCCAUCGACAGGAGCUGCCUCAAGUCCUUCCUCUCCCUGGUCAAUCUGCUUUCCUCUUCCCACUCAGUAUGGGAGCUGCUGGGCCGACAGCCUUUAGCCAACAAGAGUGAAUACGCCCUGAGAGAAAUGCCAACCUCCAUUCCUGAUUUGAUUGACAGGCUGAUUGCUGUGAAUUCAGAUGCGAAGAUUCAUUCCCUGUUCCACUAUGAGCAGUCUCAUACAUUCGGCCUGAGACUGCUCAGUGUGCUCUGCUGUAAUCUGGACUCAUUUCUGCUCUUGGAGAGCCAGUACAACAUCUGCUCCGUGCUGCUGCAGAAUCAGAGGGAGAACGUCACUGAGCCAGACACCAGUGAGGGGAAGUUCAUCCUAGACAGUCUAUCAGUGGAGAGAAAUCAUGUGCUGGUUCGUGUGAGCGUGGUGGGAGGUCCAUCUGAAAGAAGGCUUCCUCCUCGAGCCCUGCAAGAGGGUGAAGAUCCUUACCCCUGGCCCAUGUUUUCAAGCUACCCUCUACCCCACUGCUACACUUUGGACCCACCAAAGAACCCCCAUAACUCACAGGACUCUGAGAUCAGUGCAUUUCUGGCAUCAUCUAAAGACACAGAGAGUGAGGAGAGCUGGAUGGUAAUCUGCCGUGAGCAGUACUGCAGAGUCAUGACCUCCAAACCGGACAUCCUAACUGGAAAGGUGCUGGCUGACCUUCUGGAGAAAGUUGUGGCCCAACUAUCCAACUCUGCCACAGAGUGCUUCUUCUCUCCGGCUCAGUACAAAGCGGAGGAGAAGAGUGUGAAGAGUGCUGUAUUAUCACCUUUGGAACAGCUGGGAAUCAACACCUGUCUCAGGUACGGCAGCUACCUCAAGCUACUCAAAGAUGAUGCUGUGCACGACUUAACGCUGCUAAUGAAGCACAUAAAGUUCUUCUUGUCCUCACUGAGAGUUAAAACUUCUUCAGAGCUCAUCACUCAGCAGGAUGGUUAUCCAGGCUACGACUGGCUGGCCUCCACAGUUUUCCUCAUCAUGGCUGGAGACCUGGAUCGAUCUCUAAAUUUGCUACUCAGCCUCCCUUCUCUGCUUACCUCCGCAUUCAUCUGGCCUGCAAGGAUACAGGCAUCUGUCCAUGUUCCUGUGGAAGUAGCCAAAUCAGGAAUCCCUCCCGUCUACUGGUGUACGGCUCACUAUGUGGAAAUGCUGCUCAAAGCUGAGGUUCCUCUGGUCCACUCUGCUUUCAGGAUUUCUGGUUUCACCCCAUCACAGAUGUGCCUCCACUGGCUGACCCAGUGUUUCUGGAACUAUCUGGACUGGACAGAAAUCUGUCACUACGUUUCCACUUGUGUGGUGAUGGGUCCUGACUACCAGGUUUACAUGUGUGUGGCCAUAUUCAAACACCUGCAGCCAGACAUCCUGCAGCGUACACAGUCCGAGGAGCUGCAGGUCUUUCUCAAGGAGGAGCCAAUCCAGGGUUUCAAGGUCAGCAAGUACCUGGAGUUCAUGGAGGGACUGGAACGAAGCUACAGAGACAUUGUUCUCACUGACAUGAAAACUAUCCGAAACCCUGUUGGGUAGGAACAUGUUGAAAAAGUUUUUAAAAUAUGUGUUGGAAAACUUCACCGAGGCUUGGUCUAUUUAGUAAGUAUCUUGAAGUAUCUUAAGUGGCCCUGAAUGCCGUGGUUCACCGCUUACAAGAAAUUCAAACAUAGCAUUUCUACGACAAACCUUCAGUGUGGACUGUGACUCAGUGAACACGUACAGUACGUGUACCAUGUUUUCAUGCGGAUCAAACCAUUCAGUGAACUCAUACCGGGCAGAUGGGGAUGUAUCAUGGAUGACAACCUUGCAUGCAGUAUUAAGAUGCUUAGCGUUUAGGGCACGGUUGUACAAUAUCUCCAAAUUACUAGCAUGCGUUCUGCUAUUGACAAAGCACCAGAGAGAAAUACCCCGUGGAGACAUUAGCUAAGACAUAAUUAGCCUAUGGAGCAUAAACAAGAAGUCCAAAAAGUGUCUCGUUAUCACCAUAUCAUAACUAUGCAACAAAAAUCAGGAGAGAACAGAACUCCAUAACUCAUGUUUGCUCUAUGAAAUUAAAGGAUAAGCCUGGUGAUAUUCUAUAUUUUCUUACCAUCAAUAAAUCCCAUGAAACAACCAAAACCAACAAUGAAUUGAUCCUACUGACAAGUACUGUCAGUAGGAUCAAUUCCUGUAUCCAAAGUAUCUGCAAAAGUUACGUCCUUUUUAUAAAAUUCUUUGUGUUUCCCAGACAGUGUUUCGCUGUUGAGCUACAGUAGAAGAAAAGUAACAAAAGCAGGAAAUUUUGUACUACAAAUACUGUAACUUUGGAAGAUAUCCACUUGACUAAACUUGGGAAUAUUUUUUUGCACAGAACAAGGAUGGUGGAUUUUGUCCACUUACACUGUCCACUUAUCAGUCACACUGGAAGCACAUUACUGAACCAACCUAUCCAUUGAGCCAAUCUGUUGCACUGACUGAAUUUUUUUUUUCAUCUUGCUGAGUCUACAGCAUAUUAAUCAUAACAUAGUCUGAACACACAUCGCUCGUUUAGCAAAUGACUUCUGUUUUGAGGAGCAGUUGCUUAAAACUACACAGGACAGCUGUUUUGAGAAAGUGCUGAGCCUUUUUCUUAAAAUGAGACGUCAUACCUGUUUUUAAAGAGUUAAAUCCUUGAUAGGAUCAAAUGGGCUUGGGGCUGCAGGAUGAGGCUUUGGGAGUAGGAAAGUAUUGCGAGACCCUCUAACACAUUGUCGGCUUUGGUCCUUUUGUAGGAUUUGCUGACGCUAACAAAAAUACAGAAAAGCCCCUGCCGUAUCCUUUAAUGGAGUCUCAGGUUGAAGAUUACAUGAUGUCUUGCUUGCUUUGUAGUACCUGUAAGAAGUUGUACAUUACAUUACUGUACAUAAUGAGGGAUGUGAGUAAAUGGUCCACUAUACGACUAAACGUUGCUGCCCUCGUUAGUCGACACCAAAAAUACUAGUAGCUUAAAUGAAUUAUUAAUAUUUUCUCAAUGUUUAACCUCAGUUAACUGUUGCAUCCAAGAUGUUAAGCAGGCCCCCUCCCCCCCAAGCUAGUGCCUCGAUGUUGUAAACCAGCAAGGUGGAAAGCGGGACAGAAGACAUCUCGUAAAACCAGCGCAGUUUGGCAGUGUUUUGAUCUCGAAAAUGAAAAUAAGGUUGUGUGUAUGCCGUGUCGGAAUAAACUGGCAUAUAACCACGCGACGGGAGCAAUGCGUGACCACAUUCAGCACAGGCAUGUGGACGUUACCCUGCAAGGAGAGAAGGCUGCUGGUGCUAGCACUGCUAACGUUAGCCACGCUAGGCUAUAACCAAUAUGACAUGCAGUGUUUCCAAUUAAUUACCUAGACUAAUUUCUCCCUCCAGUUUCACAAUGAACUGAAAAUAUUUCUACACUUUUCAUAAUAACAAAAAAGAUAACGUAAUGUUUUGCGCCAUUGCGUCCACGGCACGUUGAUUCGCGCAGCCCAUCCCUCCCUGCCCUACUCUCCGUCUCCUGCUCUCAUAGACAUUGACAACGGACCAUGUGGUAUAUUUCCGUUUAAAUGACAGGGAAAUUAGUCUUUAUUUAAAUGCCGCAUGAGACAAUUAUGAACAGCUGUUUAGAAGAUUUAAUAAUCAAAUUUUAUAAAUUUUUUAAAUUCUGUAUUUUUUUCUUAAAAUGUAAAUAUCUAAAUAUCUUCUAAGAUCUUUUCUAUGUGUUCAUUAAGAGAUUCUAGUAUUAAAAGGAGCUUUCAGGUACGGAAUGUGAAUAGAUUUUGUUAUAACAUGAAACGGUAUGUUAGACUUUUUGUGAUGUAAAGCAUUUGUCCAGACAAAUAACAACCCUUUGAACGUUCUGUUGCCAUUGUCUUCCCACAGUAAUCAGAGCCUUUAUUGGCCUGAAAAGACUCACCAUCUCAUGGCUAUGUUACACAUCAUUAAUGUCAGUACACGCAACAAUGCGCCACAAAGCCUGUUCUAUUUUUGCACUUAUUCAGGUCUGUGAUUGAAAGAUGCACGAGAAAGGUUGUAUCAUUGUGAUAAACUCUCAUUAGUAACCACAACCAUUUCUCUCUCCCUGCACUGUUGUCCUGCUGUCCCUCUUCAGGCACAGUGAGGCUUGAAUAAUAAAUAAAUUCAUCACAUCAUCCAUCCAUCUCUCUCCCACAACAACUGCAUUUAUCAGGGGAACCAGCAGGGCACAACACAGGGGGUGCAUUACAGUGAGGGGAACUGAUCAAAUGUUUACCCUGUAAGACACAGGACUUCCCGCAGAGUAUUACACCACUGAGGGUAGUUAACAUUUUAACAGGGUAUUGAACCUAAAAUUGAACUUUGAAACUGCAUUAAUCAGUGUUUCUGUCCACAUCACAAACAUGUUUUACAAAUUAUGGCCUUUAUAGUUGAUGAAGUGAAAGUGUUAGCAAAGAUUUUCCUUAUUACACAUUCAGUGGACAUGGAGCAACAUUAUCACAGAAACGUAACGUGGGUUUAUCAGAGCUUUUUUGCCGGAAACGAGGCUGUAAAGAGUGGUGAGACUUAACCAAAACAGUAAAGUUGCGGGCUGUAAAACCAAAACAGUAAGCUGAAAGCUGCUAAAACGUACUGUAAAGGUCAAGGGAAUUGCAGAGUUGGUUGAUAAUCUGUGUUCGUCACUGCAAGCCACACCUCUCAUGUAGCACCAAGUCAUUUGACAUAUUGUUCAUUCCACGUUUUCAUGUAUAAAGACCAUUGAAAUGAUCAUGAUAUAAAAGAUUAAAUCAAAUGACAAAACAGAAACCAGCUUCUAGAUUUUUGUAGUAUAAAGCAGCUAAAAGCAAAGUUCUUUUUUAGUUUUGUAU